GUAUUAUUGUGUGUGGGUGUACUGAUUGAGGUUAUAGAUCCCGGAGAAAAUUAAAAAUAAUUUUUUACAUCUAGACGAUCAUGAGGUUUAUCAGCCAAUGAAACUCAUAUUGCAAUGGCUUUACUCGGGGCUCAGCUGGUAAUAACACUGAUAAUGGUAUCAGUGAUACAAAAGCUUGGUAAUUACUCAUUCGCACGAUGGCUAUUAUGUUCCCAAGGAUUGUAUCGCUAUUUGUACCCAGAUAAUAGUGAAUUAAAAGCUUUGGCGGGAGUUCCUAAGGAUAAGCCGAAAGGCAGGAAAGGUGGGAAAAAUGAAUCGAAUGGAAAGCCGGAAACAUUUCACGUACCUCGUAGCUUGGACAUACAGUUAGAGACGGCUCCAGUUACUCACUUGGAUGUUGUUCACCUAAGGUUUUACACAGAAUACAUAUGGAUAGUAGAUUUUUCAUUAUACACAGGCAUUGUAUAUAUAAUGUCAGAGAUUUACACAUCAAUAUUCCCUUUGAAAGAUGAAUUUAAUUUAAGUAUGGUGUGGUGUCUGCUGGUUGUACUGUUUUCAUUUAAAAUUCUUCUAUCCCUAACAAAGCAAUACUUCACAAGUGAAGAAUCCAUUGGGGAGAGGUCGACAUGUAUUGUCGCUUUCUGUGUAUUUUUGCUCAUUGCUAUGAUGGUGCUUAUUGUGGAUGAAAGUAAUUUGGAAGUUGGUGUGGACCCGGCAUAUGAUAGCUUCCAUGAAAAUGCGUCUAAGUUUUUGCAAAAUCAAGGCUUAACAUCAGUCGGUCCAGCAUCGAAGUUGAUUUUGAAAUUGUCAUUGGCAGUGUGGGCAGCUAUCGUUGGCACUUUAUUUACUUUCCCUGGUCUUAGAGUUGCCAGAAUGCAUUGGGAUUCAAUGAGUGCCUGCGGGUGGCGAGCGAGCGCGUCACUGUGCGCGGCGGCGGCGCUGGCGCUGCUGUGGCUGCGGCCCGUGGCGCGCCGCUACCUGGCGGGCCGCGUGUUCUCGGGUAUGACGGAACCGCUCAUGACUGACCAAGCUUUUGACACACUCCGCUUUGUACUUGUGAUAGGCACCGUAUUGUUCCGAAUUGCUUUAAUGCCUAAGCUACUGCAAGCGUACCUAGACAUGGCUCAACGUCGACUGGACAUACAAAAGAAGGAAGCAGGAAGAAUAACAAAUAUUGACCUGCAGAAAAAGAUAGCAUCAGUGUUCUACUAUCUAUGUGUAGUGGCGUUACAAUAUAUAUGUCCAAUAAUUAUGUGUCUCUACUUGGCCCUCAUGUAUAAGACACUCGGAGGUUACUCGUGGAGUGCAUUAUUUUAUAAACAGGAGGAGGUCACGGUGGAAGAGAAACCAGUUGUGAAUUUGGAAGGCAUGGAACAGUUUCAGAUGGCUUGGGAAAAUUUGAAAAUGGUCUUCACAGAGGACGUAUACCGCGGUGUAUUCGGUUUCGCAACCUGGUGGUGCUGCUUCGCAUGGUUCCUUACAACCGCUUUAGGUUCCAUGUACCAAACAUACUUCAGAAUCUCAUGAUCUUUGGUCUAGUCUUAGUUUCAUAUUGUAAGACAUAUAAGUCUGCUUUAAUUAGGUUGUCGAGAAAGUUCGUGCCCAUUUUCGAUACCAACAGAGAAGAACAGCUCUGUUAGCCAGAUUUCGAAAUGGGAUAUGUCAGAUUCACUUAUCUACAUAACUAAAUACUGAAUGCUAAUUGGUCCCCUAUUGAAAGAAAGAAUGAUAUCAUUAUUUAGAAAAUGACAAUUCUGUACCCUCUAUUACCAUUAAUUUAUCAUAACAGUGGUUACAUAGAAAAAAAAAGAUAUUAUAUGCAAUUAAAAUAAAUAAACAGCAGUUCAAUAUUCCUAAGAUGAAUUAUCAUUCGGCUUAAUAAGUCAGAAGACCUCAAAUCAUAUUGCAUUUUCUGUCAUUGACCGUAACCGUUCAAAUAAAAGUUGAAUUAGUUAAUUUGCCAUUGAUCAGUGUUAAAGAAACAAACAAAAAUAUCUUGAAUAUGAAACAAAGGUUAUGCAAACAUAUUAAUACACAGUUCUGCAUACAUUUUCAUGAAACACAAUCUGAAGUUUAUAUUAAAUUUAUAUCAAAAUAGAAAUAUAUGUUUCAAAAUUGGCAUGAACUUUACAAACAAUCUAUUAAUUUGAUUGACAAAAAUACUAUCGUUAAACUUAAUGUAGCAGUAAUAUGUUACAAAUUAUACACUUUUUAUAUCGAACAUUGUCAUAUUUGCCAAUGUUCUGCUAUCCUGGUCUUUAUGUUUUAUUUACUUUUAUGCCUGUAACUGAAUGAAUUAUACAAAUGUAGGGAAAGUAAGUUUUAAAGUACAAUAAUAGUUCUAAAUGUGUACAUUUGCCUGAAGAUGUUCAAUAAAGUAAAUUAUCAAUUUUAUAUAAUAAUUUAAAAACGAAACAGAAAUGU